UUCCUCCUCCUUGCAGCCUAUAAAUAAUACCCCCAUUCUCUUAUCUCAUUACCACAUCAAAGAACAAUUUCUAUCGUUUAUUCACUCUAUCUCUCUCUACAAAAUGGAUUCGAGGACUCUGGUGCUAGUGCUGCUCGUUUGCCUCAUCUUCCUGCAUGAUGCUUCUGGUCUCUUUCCCUUUCUCUCUCUUCUAUACAUAUGUCGCUCAUGUUCACAUAUUCUUACAAUUACAAUGUUUUCUACAGAUAUCACUCACGCCAAUGCCAAUUUUCAUGCACUUCCCAUUCGCAAGAUGAUGGUGAUGGAGAAGGAGAAUGAAUGGGGAGGAGCAAAUGGAAAUGAAGAGUUAAGGACUGUUCCUUCAGGACCUGACCCUUUGCAUCAUCAUGUGAACCCCCCAAGACAGCCACGGACCGACUCUCAUCUCCCUUAAAACGUCCUUUCUUUUGUUUCUUUAAUGUAGUUCGUAUUGUAAAUUAACUCUUCUGUUUAAUCAGUUUUAUGUUGGGAGAUUUUCAGUUUAAUCUCUCACUUUCCCUAAGGUUGUGAUGAUGGUUAAUGUAAGAUAAGCACAACUUU